GCCCUCCUCCUCUCCCCACAGUGUGGCUGUUCUGUGCAGCGCGGUUCGGUUGCGGUGUUCGGCUCCCUAUGGAAGAGAUGGAGGAAGAGCUGAAAUGCCCGGUGUGCGGCUCGUUCUACCGCGAACCCAUACUGCUGCCCUGCUCCCACAGCCUGUGCCUGGCGUGUGCCCGCAACAUCCUCGUGCAUGAGCUGGAGAACCACAGCAUGUACUGCGUCCAGUGCAAGAUGCCAGUCUGCUACCAGUGCCUGGAGGAGGGCAAGCAUGGCAACCAUGAGGUCAAGGCGCUGGGGGCGAUGUGGAAGCUGCACAAGAGUCAGCUGUCCCAGGCCCUGAACGGACUCUCUGACCGAGCAAAGGAAGCCAAAGAGUUCCUGGUCCAGCUAAGAAACAUGGUACAGCAAAUCCAGGAGAACAGCGUGGAAUUUGAGGCCUGUCUGGUGGCCCAGUGUGACGCCCUGAUCGAUGCCCUAAACAGGAGAAAGGUUCAGCUUCUCGCCCGAGUGAACAAGGAACAUGAACACAAACUCAAGGUGGUUCGGGAUCAGAUUUCUCACUGCACAGUGAAACUGCGUCAGACGACUGGACUGAUGGAGUAUUGUCUGGAGGUCAUUAAAGAGAACGACCCCAGUGGUUUUCUCCAGAUAUCUGAUGCCCUUAUUCGGAGGGUGCACCUGACCGAAGACCAGUGGGGAAAGGGGACCCUCACACCACGAAUGACAACUGAUUUUGAUCUGAACCUGGACAACGGACCUCUCUUACAGUCCAUCCACCAGCUGGACUUUGUGCAAAUGAAAGUGCCCUCUUUAGUACCGGCACCCCCCAUGCUCCAGCUGGAAGAAUGCUGCACCCACAAUAACAGUGCCACUUUGUCCUGGAAGCAGCCUCCCAUGUCCAUGGUCCAGGCAGAAGGAUACAUACUGGAACUGGAUGAUGGCAAUGGUGGGCAGUUCAGGGAGGUCUUUGUUGGAAAGGAGACAAUGUGUACAGUGGAUGGGCUUCACUUCAACAGCACUUACAAUGCCCGAGUCAAGGCCUUUAACAAAGCUGGUGUCAGCCAAUAUAGCAAGACCCUGGUGCUGCAGACGUCUGAAGGUCCUUUUUCCAGAAUGUCUCUUGCAGCUCGUCUGCAAGACAACGCCCUGCCCUCUCCUCUCAAUUUCCGCCAACACUCAGAACAGGAAGCUUGUGUAUCUCCAGUUGACAUUAAAAAAAUGGUGGCAGUGGCUUGGUUUGCGUUUGACCCUGGCUCCGCCCAUUCGGACAUCAUCUUUUCUAAUGACAACCUAACCGUCACGUGUAACAGCUAUGACGACAGGGUGGUCCUGGGCAAGACAGGCUUCUCCAAGGGAGUCCACUAUUGGGAGCUGACCAUUGACCGGUAUGACAAUCACCCAGACCCAGCCUUCGGCGUGGCCCGCAUAGAGGUGAUGAAGGAUGUCAUGCUGGGAAAGGAUGACAAAGCGUGGGCUAUGUACGUGGACAAUAACCGCAGCUGGUUCAUGCACAACAACUCCCAUACAAACAGGACUGAAGGAGGUAUCACAAAAGGUGCCACCGUUGGGAUCCUCUUAGACUUCACCAGGAGAACCUUGACUUUCUCCAUCAAUGAAGAGCAGCAGGGUCCGGUGGCAUUUGAGAGCAUGGAGGGAUUGCUGUUCCCAGCUGUCAGUCUUAACAGGAAUGUGCAGGUGACACUUCACACUGGUCUGCCUAUUCCUGGAUUCUACACAUCUCGAGCCUCUUUACACUCUUAAGAGCGUAUCAGAGAUGGCUUUUCCUUCUUUUCCCAUCAACCAUCACUUUGGACUCCAAUGCAGCAAAUAUUUCUGGGAAGGAACACAAGCCUCCCCUUGAUGUCCGGCUCUCUCUCAGUGCUAUGUUCCCUUAUCAGCCUCAAACCUCAGGCCAGCCGACUCCCAGACAGCUUGGGUCAUUAUCGUCAGGUUUAUUUAUUUCAUUCUUUUUGUUCUUUCUGUGGACUCUUGACUGUACAUAGACGUUGUCGCUGUUACCAUUGGCCUAUAUGCCGCUGCUACAACUCCGAGAAUCCCCCCGAAACUGUAACACAAAGUCAGUUAUUUACGGCCUGGCAGUAAAGCAGAAGUCUUCAUAAAGGACCAUGGAAGCCGUCAUAAUGUUUUUUGGGUUGGUCUACAAAGAAUGAUGUAAAACCAGCCUGGUUGAAUGCCUUGAACUUGGAAUCAGGAUCAUUUUCUAUCGAUGUGAUCUGAGCCUGCAAGCAAGACUGGUUACUUCUUGUAUAUAUCCUUUUAUUUUGCUCCCACGAAGAAUGUAUGGUGACGUUCCUAUACAACUGUAUCAAUGGUGCUUGUUACAUUAGAAAGUUUCAUUGUAUAACAGAUUCCUAUAGAUGGCUUUUUUUUCUAACUAUAUAAGAAUGGUCUUAAAGUAUUACUAUUUUGGAAACCUUUCUGUGCUUUUCUUUGUUUGGUCGAAGAAAAUUGUCGCUAGGCACCUGCCUAGGGGAAGUGCAGCCUGGGGACACCAAAGUUCCUUAACGUUUAAAUGGAUGUUGAAAUGUUGAACGCACAUUGAUUCAAAAUAAAGAUCCUAAACUCUUGAGAG